GUCAACGACAAAAUGGCGGAAACUUCGAUUGCCAGUCUGCUGCAUCCAAGCUGUGUUUUGGUUUAGUUUCUGGCGGAUUUCACCUACUCCUGUCACUGAGAACACUUUAAUUAUAAGUAGAUUUAUGUCACCAAGUGAACAUGUCUCUUAAAUCGGGAUCCCACUCAUCUAAAAAAGGAAGCUUUGGAUAUCUGCUGAAGAGAAUAGACUCCGUUUCGAGCCGGGUAAGGAAGCUCAUUCAUUUGUAUAAAGAUCCGAUCCGGGGGAUUUCCAGUCGUCCUUAUCGAUAUAAGAAGAAACAGUGUAGGUAAACAUUUCCCCACCGCCCUGCUUACGCAUGUGGUCACAAUGCUCUCCGUUCUCAUACUGCUCCUCGUAAAAAAGACAGCUGCGAACAGGCAGUACACUGUACAGAAAUCGAGUUAAAACAUUUGCAUAACAAAUGAAGAAGGCCAUACGAUCGGACAUUCACCACAACAAGUAUUUGUCAACAUACCCUACAACUGUCGGCACAGCUUAUGCAAUAAUCUGACGAGUACUGCAUGCAUGGGUUAGUGUUUAUGGGAGUUUACAGACAACUUUUUCUUCAGAACUGUGUGUAUGUUGCAGUUAAUUUUUUAUCUCAGGUAAUUUUUAUUUUUCUUUUGUUUUUGAGUAUGGUAAUGUAUGCUUAUGAAGUUGAAACAAAGGAAAAAUAAAAAUUACUUGAGAUAAAAAAAAUAACUACAAUAUCUACAUGGUUGGGCUAUUGCAUUUUAGUAAAAUCCAACUAGUAGUCUAUUAUCAAUGCUGCAUUCUGAUUGGUUGAGCUACUACUAGGCUAUAUGUUAUAGCCCACUAGUAGCGAAAAGUGCCAGAUUUUUGGUGGCAAAAUAAGGAUUAAAGUCUUAAACUUUAACUAGCUAAAGUUGUUUUGUCUCGAUAUUUUUGACCAACUAGUUGGAUUUUACUAAAACAAUUAUUCAUCUCACCCUCAUGGCCUCUGAGUCAAAAGCCCAUUCAGCAUUCGGCCUCAUGGGCUAUUGACUCAGAGCCCAUUUGGGCUCAAGGAAUAAUUGUUAAUAAUAUCCCCCCUCCCCCCGGUUGAGAACUUACCACUGAAGAUUAAAGAAAAUUGCAUUCAGCCCUGAAGACUUCCAUAAAAUAUGGGUUUACUCCCUGAAGAAAUUGUGUCUACUCCUGUGUGUACCCCUGAAGAAUUUCAUGAAAAUUGAAGCUUCAACCCCUAAAGAAAUCCUCAAUUUUUAUAAUUUACACCAAAGGAAUUCCAUUGGUCCUCAUCCAGGGGGAGGGGGGUAAAUAAAUUAAAUGCAAUAGUCCAUUAUGCAUUUGUGUAACUUCACUAUUCACAGCAAUUUUUGGUAAUGACUAACAGGUAUGCCUCUGCAAAAUGCUAAUAGAACACUCAAGAAGGAGUGAAGGCCCCAGUAGGUGCUUUUAUAUAUCUGGCAAAUUUAGAUCUAAUUAAAAUCUAAAACCCCUGGAAACCUUAGACCCUGAAACUUAAGCUUUGUGGUCGUAAGACUCCUGUAAUCCUAGUAGCCAGAAAGCUAUAGAUCCCCCUUAAAUAAACGUUAUCAUAAACAUAAAUACAUCAAUCAUCACUUCAAAUGUGUUAUGUAUCGAUAAAGAUCACACAGUGGGUAUUUAUGUCAAGUUUUCUGCUAUUUUUUUCUUUUUUUCUGAUGGCCUCCAUUUUGCUUUUCAUAAUAAAUGGGGAAACAAUUUUGGACUGCUACUGAGAAUUUCACAAGUAAGCAUGCCAGGGGAAACUUUUAAGAGUUGGGUUGUUGAUUUAGCAGGCAAAAAAUAUAUCCCUGAAAGGUGAAUGUUUUUGUAACAACAAUUAAGAAAAUUAUAUGGAUCGUGUUCUCUCAAUGAGUAUCACAGGGUUUUUAUUUCAUUAUGUAAUCAUAUUACUUUCAUUGUUAUUAGGUUGAUGAAUUCUCAUCUCACUUGGAUGGCUCUUCAACAAUAACAUCACCAGAGAGAAAGCAAAAAUACCAAAGGUAGGUUUUUUUAUCUGGGGUGCAAAAUAAAUUCCUGGGCUGGGUUCAAAAACAAGUAUCAAAUAAAAAACAACUUAUCAUGUCAGUGAUAAAUUUUCAUUACGUGAACAGUGGCAUGCCUUUUCUUCUGUUGAACAUUGUGCUAAAGAGUGAAAAACAAUAUUAACUUUGUUUUUUGGUUAUAUUUUUCUUGUUGAAGAUGAGGAUUACUAGUUCGUUAAAGUCAAUAACUCUGUAUUUGUUGCUACUCUAAUAUUAUUGUUAAGUUUUAAGGUGUCAUACCAACUAUGUUAGUUUUUAAUUUUUAUUUAUUAUUUAUUCUUGACUUACAGUAUUUCACAGUAUUUAUAAACAGUCUGCUAAACACUAGCCUGCUACGCAGAUGUUGUUAGCCCUUGUAGAAUCAGACACUAUGUAGAAUCUAUGCAAAUGCUAUGUCACAAAGCUAUGCAAAACCUAUGUUAAUCACUCAUACAUUGCUUUAACCAGAUCCUAUGUUGUUUCUAUGCCAGGACUAUGUUUUUUGUAUCGAAAAUGCUAUGUUUUCGCUAGUCAAACGGAACCUAUUUAAAAGCUAUGCAGUUUUUAAAGGUAGGAAUAAAGGAAGAAAUGACAUAGUUUCCACAUAGCCUAUACAUACAGUUUACUUAGCUUGUGGAAAGAGAUUUUAGACUUCAUAGUCAACCUCAUAGAAAAAUCAUAGAAAAUAAAUAGCCUUCACAUAGGACUGAAAUAGAGUUUACAUAGUAAAAUGGAACAGGGAACAGUUGAUUAAAUAGCUUUUGAAUAGGGUUUGCUUAGAAUUUAGAUAGCCUAGAAAUAGAAAAAACAUAUGAAAAACAUAGCCUUUUUAAAGGUGACAUAUACUUUGCAUAGCAUUAAAAUAGGAAAACACAGAACAAAUAGUCUUUGCAUAGGUUUGAAAUAGGAUUUUAAUAGUAUUUGAAUAGGUAAAACAUAUCACAUACACAAGCUUUAACUAGAGUUCAAACAGAAAUUACAUAGAAUUGACAUAGUCUCUUUUGUAUGUUGGUUUCGAUCUGCUUAAGCAAAUGUAGUGUUUAAAAUACGUUCGUAAAAAUCACCAAAAUAGUAAAAAUAGUAUAAAAAUAUGAACUAGAAUACCUUUUACAUUGGUAAGAAAUAGGUUUUGAAACGAAAAAUUGAAAAACUAUGGCAAUAUAAUACCUGACGAACACUAAUAGUAACAUAAAUGCAGUAUUUUCAUGGAGGUUUCAGAAUCGAAACCCCAAGUUUAAGUUUGCUUAUCGUGUAGACUUUUUGCUGAUGUCGUGCUCUUCAGUGCCAUACAGUUUCCGUUUGACUGCAACGAAUAAGUGUCUGCAAACAGAAAAGUGGAGAUUUUAAGGCAAAUGAACAUAAAAACAACCUGACGUUUUAGAAUUGAAACGAAGGAGUAUCAAAGCGUGAUCGACCGAUCCUUGUUCAGAUACGCGAAAAGGGGAGACAACACAGGCAAAUCGAAACUUAAUUGAGAAAAACAUCACUUACCAACGUUAGGAAUACUUUUUGUUGAACCUGGCAGGAAAAAGACUGUAAAUUGAAGUAAAAAGAAGCGUCUUCUUGUAAAAACGCACGCUUACAGCUCGUCUUCUUUGACUUGAAAGCGCCCGCGUGGAAACAGACAAUUUUCACACCUUUUCAUUGGUUGAAAAGGCCCACGUGACGAUAAAACGCAAAAUACGCAUGUGUUGAACUCACGGGCUUCCCUGGGAACUAGUGGAAACAAAAUGGCUGACAAACAUCCACCGAGGCAGGUAGCGUUUCGCAGUUUUGACCAUGCAGUUAUAUUCAGGAGACGUCCACAAUCAAGACGAAGGAUCGAACCCAAUGUAAAAGAAGAAAAUGAUGCAUGGAAGUAUCAUUUCAAGUGAAGAACUCUAGGGAAAAGCUAGAAAGGAAAGUUAAGACAGGGAUGAUGGAUGUAGCGAUUCAAUGCUUAACAAAAGUCUUCUCACUAAGAAACUAUCUUCAAGCACAAAAAAAAAAUUGUAGUACAUGAUUUUUCAGUGUUUUAGUUUAAAACACUGCUUUUUACUUUGGAAGUAUGCUUAGCCUUCUGUAAGCGCUACUAUCAACAUGCCUAGUCACUUAAAAGCUAUGUUGGAAUAUCACAUAGGAAACGCAUAGACUACAUAUAUUUUUCAUAUGAGUGACAUAGGAAAAAUAUGUUUAUGUAAAAGCUAUGUAGCCUUUAUCUCAUGAUAAAGCUAAAUGAAAAUGUCACAUAGUGAAUACAUAGGCUGCAAAUAUGUUUCAUCACAUAGCAUAGAAUAUACAUAGCACUAUGUAAAAGCUAAGAAACCUGUUGGAAAUAAAAGUGAAGAUCGAAAUGCUAUGUAAAAGCUAUUUUACUUUUAUGCAUAGUGAAUACAUAGGAUGCUAAUCGGAAGGAAAAGCAGAACUUUCUAUUGUAGUCCAACAUAGUAAACAAAUAGCAUGAGCAUAGGUUUUGCAUAUGUCUGGUUCUACAAGGGAGGGCUUUGCCAUGCUUUCUUUCUCCAUGAAUGAAAGAAUUGCAUGACAAGCCAAAAGAAUGCCUGCAUGGGAAAUCAAGAAGUAUUAAACGUAACAUUUGUCAUUUUGAUCUGUGUAUAUAGUUCUUGAGAUAUUUCAAUUAACCCUUCUUCUUGUUUCAGCUGUUAUAAAUUACAGGAAGAAAUUGAAUUGCUUUCACAACAGCUCUCGGGCCUCACAAAGGUGAGAGUGGAUUUAAACCCCAUAUGUUUUAUGAGUUUCAAGUAGAGUUAAGAGUACACUCUGUUUAUAUAAGAAUUUAUUUUAUAAGAUUAUUGAGGCUGAAAUUUGCAAAAUUUUAAGAAUAUUUAGGAAUAACCCAAGGCUGAGAAUUUGAAAAAGAUUUGAAAAUUUGUAAAUACAGUACAUUUUAUGCUCUUACUUAACUGUAGAAAAGUAUUCCUUUCACUAAACGGGAAGAACACUGGUAAAUGAAAUCCUGAUACAUUCUAAAGUGGAAAAUGCUAUAAGCCUAAAAUCGACAAAAGAAUAAGAAUAUUCAAGCUGGGCCAGAAAAACAACAUUCUUAUACAAAAAAAGAGUGUAUUUCACAACCAUAAUUCACAUUUAGCCUAAAAACCCUUGCCCAUUAUCCCAGAUAUCCAGUGACUAGAUAUUACAUGUCUUUGAACUUUAUUUUGCAUCAUUUGAAAUCAUGGUAUACUGUAUUUAAAUUUUCUAGUUAGCUGUAAUUGAUUAAAAUAGUAAUUGAUACAAAAUUGAUCAAUAAAAACCAAAAAAAUUAAUUUCAGCUGUCAUUUUUGGUAUCCUUUUUUCCAAGGCUGACUAUGAUGGCUCUAAAGAAAAUUUUGGUGAACAGAAAAGGAGAGGACAGCAAAAACUGGAUAAAUUGAAGGUACAAAAUGUAAUACUUAGUAGAUGUCCAUGAAUUUCAAAAGUAAUGAAAAUAUUAAUGUAUCACACAGUUUACAGCCAUUUAGCAGUUUUCAGUUACAGUUAAUUGCGUCGACGAAGGAGACCCUUCGUAAUUGAGUUGUUGGCUGUUCUGUGUGUUUGUGGGUGUCCUGUGCAUGUUUCAAGCACAAGAAAUCGAGAAAAGAGGCUGUCGGUGUGUUGGUUCCAAAUCUGCGCCAUCUUGAAAUGUCACAAUAGCAUCCAGCAUGCUGAGCGUGCCAUACGCGCGUUUCGCAACCUGUGGAUCUUGACUUCCACAAUCUUUUCUUUUCUAAAUCUUUUGUACAUCAAAGGCUGAUCAGGGAAGUAUUCACUAUUCCUGGAGCUUUUUGAGAUGCCUGAUAUCCAAACAGCGUAUUCUAUCAUAUUACUCAGUGCACAAAGAAAGUAGUGUCUGAUAGCCCGGUGCUAGUGAAUUUUGCCAUCAGUCUAGUGAAUUCUGUUUUUCACUUGCCCAACGGGCAAGUGAUGUUUUUUGAGGAAUUCAAAUAACAGAAGAACUGUGAAAUCAAUUCUGCUAGUCAAAACGUUUUUGGGGCUAGUUGAAAUGAUGUCUGGGCUAGUAAAUGCUAGCUUCAGCUUCCCCGAAUGGCAAGCUGUAAAAAUGAUUUUCUUUGCACCCUGUUACUGCUGUCACAAAUCUAGUGCCUAAGGCCCUAAGGGGACACACUAUAAUCUAUGAUUACCGUUAGUUAUUGAAAUCUUAUUGUGUCAGCAUGAAAAGCUAUUCAAUAUAGUUUGAAGAUAGCCUAGGUAAGGACACUACCUAACUGGAGUAACAUACUCAGAAUUGGCCUUACAAGAGAGUAUGAGUAUGAGUAACUUAAUUUACCCACAAACUGCAUUUGAAUGAAAGCAUGUUUAAAUGCAAAUACGCCAAAAACAUACUUCUAAUAAAAUACCGUAAUUCCUCUAUUAAGCGCCCCCCUCCUCUCAAAUAUGCCCCCUCUUUCUAAUAAGCCCUCUCUUUUGAGGGGAAGAAAGUUAAUUACUCCCCCACCCCCUCUAUUAACCCUACCUCUCCCGUCCCCCAAUUAUUCUUCACUCAUAAGUGAUAGACUUUAAUCAAUCACGACUGUAAAACUUCGUGUGGACUGAUCCGGGAUGGUUUAUGUACCAACUGGAAGUUCGGAUUUGAUUGAUCGUUGGCUGCAUGACCUCUAUUAACCCCCCCUGCCCCCCCACCCCCUCAAAUGAGCUUGAAGUAGAUCAAUAAGCCCCUGGGGGGCUUAAUAGAGGAUUAAAUAAAAUGGGUGAAAAAUUUAUUUACAGAAAAUGCUAAAAAUAUAAUAAGUAAAGGAAAAAUGAAAAACUAAAUGUACGGAGAAUACAACUGCUGCAGUCAAAUGUGGUUGAUAUAGAGAGCCACUCUUCAGCUUUUAUCUUAUCAGGCGAAUUAUUCCACUGUUUAACAGCUGGAAGGAAUGUAACAUGUAGGAUGCUCUUGGCCUAGGAAGUAAAAGCCCAAGGUUCCCCUAAGGUUGCAAUCAGUGCUUCUUUGCAAAAUAAACAUUUUCCAAAUAUAAUUCGGCGCUUGAUCGUAAAAACUGCCCUUUCAAUGCGUCGAUGUUCCAAGUCAGACCUUCUUUGCUUGCACAAGCAUGCACGUAAUCAUGCCAAAUACCCUGUUAGCUUCUAGGGACAACCUCUUGGAUACAUAUGGUGAUGCCAAGGUCUUUGAUAUUUUCAUGCUAUUAAGAAUUUCACCGUUUGGAUUAACUGUAUCCCUUUUCCGACUUAUUUUGUUUGUGAUUUGUUCUCUGAAUAUUAUUGUUUUGUUUGUUGUUGUUUUUUUUGCUUUGUUUUUUGUUUUCAUAUUUAUUGGGGUUAAACUUAAACUGCCAGAUUUUAGACCAUCUUGUACAAAUGAGAUUUUAGUGCUCUUGUAUCGUCAGGAAUACCGGCUAUCUCUCUGCAGAGUUUAGAGUAGUGACUCAGCAUCUGAUUUUAAAGUUGAAGAAACUCAUAUAUCUUUAAAAGGAUUAUAAAUAAAAUGGGUCCAAAGGUUGUACCCUGGUGUAUGCCUAUUCAUCGCGUCCAUGACGAAUAACUGUGGCGCAAAACGACACCAUGGUUGCGACCGACCAAUUAAAACGCUCUGAAACAUUUAAGAAGAGAAAAGGUUUGGUUUUAUCAACCGAGUUGCUAAGUUGGAUUGGCCGCCAUAGGGAGAUAGAAGAUGCUAACGUUCAUUCGUCAGAGCGAAUUAGGGGAUUGUGGGUUGCCUGUGGUUUAUAUAUAGAAUGUUGGAGCCAUGUUAUUGGUUGAAACAUGGCAAGGUGAAAAACAAGAAUGCUGUAUGAUGUGGUUUUUGUUGUAAAUACACUGUAUCUUAGAGAUAUUCAACAGAUUCUUUUGAAAUGUACUGGUUGUUUAUUUACUUGAAUACGGAUACAGCUAUACCCGCCCUAGGGCUCUAUAUCUACUUGGCCCUGUCCGCCGUUAUUAUGGACUAGACAUAUUAUGGACUAGACAUAGCCCAAGGCAACUUUCAAUUUCAUACUCGAUUAGCAUACACAGGGCAAACCUCUUCUGCUAUGAUUAAUAACCCUUCUUCUCGAUAUUAGCCAGAAAUUUGCAUAGCCUUUUUCCUUCUGGAUUCUUCUACGUUGCUAAAAUCAGGAGUAAACAUCACCCAUCUUCCGUUUUUAAACUCGUGUAAUGCCAUGUUGGUCUUCCACUGAAAGUACAGCACGUUGCUCAAACCUGUAGAGACUGUUCACUUGGCCAUGAUUCUAUAUUUCUGAAAUGAAGUAAGAUGCAGAAGUCUUUAUUUCAUACGCACGAGGUUUGGAAAUUUGUUUUUCACCCAGUGUUUUCCAUAUAACAGUGGUUCUAGUACUACACAUUUGCUGUAACUACACUACAACAGGUGCUUCUGAGGAGUUAGAAUUGUUGAUGUAUACUUUUCUCGGGGCCACGGGAGGGGGGGAUGAAGGGGGGUUAAAAAAGUAUUAAUCCCGUGUUACAACAAACAAAAAAUUACGCUUCUCAUUUCGUCUUUUUUUUUUAAUGAUUUGAUCAAUAUCUUACCUUGUAUGUGGCAGAUCAUAGCAUGUUAUUGGUUGACACCGACUACAAUUUUGAACGUGAACGGAUCGCCUCAACUUAAAAGUUUCAUUCCUGAAUCGACAGGUGAACGGUUGCCUUUAGUUUCAGUUUCAGAUGACGUAUGUCUGUGUUUCAAAUGUAAAUUCCUCAGUCAUAAGGUAAAAACAAAUUUGUUUUUCUUAGCUUAAUUUUGCUUUUCUUCGCUAAAUUAAGCUGACCUUGCCAAGAAAGAUUAUAUGUCUACACGAGGCCGUUUAAGUUUGUGAAAGAAUACAAAGUUAAGCGGUUACAGUUUUUGUCCAAUCGAAAGUGCUCGUUACGGUUAUCUUCGUAAACAGUCUCCUAAAGAGGUAAAUUUGUAAAUGGCUAAAUAUCGUCCUUGCGUUGCGGCAGCCCGUUAGUAGCCUUAAUUCUUAUCUUGACACUCGCAUUAACAACAAAAAGCUCCUUUGUCAACGUAUUGAAUAUUGUUAAGAUUUGUUAAAAUCUUAUGUUAAUUUUAAUGGUUGUUGGUUUGGUCAGUUUAAGUAAUUAGCUUAUAAAUGUGCUACCUCACACUAACUCGCGCGGAUAUUCAAGAUUUUUAUUUGAGAAAAGACAACAUAACGACCAAAAUCUAUGCAAAAUUGUAUUCAGUAUGCCUUAUGCAGAUUUUUGUCAGUUAAAUAAAAAACGAUUUUGCAGCCUUGAAAUAAUGACGUUUUUAAUUGAAACUUUUGACAAAAGGCAAACAGGCAUUGACGUCAAACUCAGUUGACCUUUAUAAUAGAAAUGAAAAAAAUAUAUUCAAAUUAGUGUUGAAGCAAAUCGUUGCAAUUUCUAGACGAUUGAUCAACCUUGUCACUAACUGUCUUGUUAAUUAACAGGCUAGUCGUGGUAAUACUGAGGCCCGCCGACGAUGUACCAUAAUGGUAUAACAUACUUUGAAAUAUAUAAAUGUAUGCGUUGUAUUACUUCUCUUGAUCGAUAUUUCUGUCAAAUUGCCAGAGUAAACUGGACAGAAUUUCUGAGCAGUUGGAGCCAGAUGAAGUUGAAGAUGAUUAUUUCAGGUACCGAAUUUGUUGAGCGCGAUUUGCUGGUAAUUUUUUUUACAAAGGUGACUAUGAGCUUGAGGGAGCAUUUGCUUUGGCAAACGUUUAUGUCUUGGAAGUGCUAGGACCAGACGCCAGUGUUUAAACGACUCUACAUUUGGGAUUUAUUAAUUUCAGACGUUUCUUGUUUCGUGUUUACUGCCUUUAACAUAUUCAAUGAAGUUUUGUUUUACCCAAUCUGAUAUACCCAGCGUUGAAAACAGUACACAAAUGAUAUAAAUGACCCGAACCAAAGUCGAUACAGGCGGUCGUUGAGUCUUUCCCGCGGUUUUAUGUCUCGGGCUAACACUUGUUUAUUAAUGAAAUAAAUUUUCUAUGGUUCUUAAGUUUGGUUUUUUACCUCCCAUCGAAAAACGAGCUGGAAAUGAAGUCUCGACGUACAAUUUAGACUAUUUUUUACUUUGUACAAUUGUGUAAUUUUGGUUUCAAGUGUAUCGACCAUUUGUUCCCGACUGUAGCAGGUAUAUGCACUUGCUUCAGUCGUUUUUGUCGUUUUGAAUAAUGUUGAUGAGGUAGAUACUUUCUUUGCAUCCCGUAUUGCCCGUUCCAGUCGUUCAAAUUGUAGAGAAGGCGUUAAGAGAUGUGACAACUACUUGCCGUGCUCCACUAGUUGUGCCUUCUUGCAACUUUGUACUGACUUGCCGGGAUUGGAAUUUGAGUUUAGUCUGUUGCUUAAUUUUUUUUUCUCUGCAAAAUUUUUGAAAAUAUAACGAGAGAUUAUUUUGGUUCUCUUGAUUUAAGAAUUAAAAAAUAAAUGAAAGAACAAGAUGCAAGACCAGCUGUAGUCAAGUAGGCGGGUUAAACAGCAUUUUAAGGCCUAGGGAAAUGUACGUUUUAAAAACUAAUACAGAAAUCGAAGAUGCAUUGGCAGAAGGCUGUGAAAAAUGUUCAUGACACUCUGAACUUAAUCUUCUGUCCGUUUUUCGUGCGCCCAGGCAGAUGCAGGCAGGAGACGUCGGAGCUUCCAACAGUGAUAUAGUAACGGACAAAGCUGAGGAUGGCGAUACACACGUACAAGACAGGUUUGUUUGACUAUGAAGUCUACAAGUAGCCUGGAGUAAGUAGCGUAGCAGACGCUUGGAACGAGAACGGGGCGCGCGAGGUAGACACGCGGUGGGAGAGGUAGUGCCUGCCCGAGAGGCCCACGAAAAUCGUUUCCCGCCCCCUAUCCAAUUACUUGGCAGCGCUGCGUUCUCUCUUACGCCCAUUAUUUCCAGGCGCAUGCUACGCAGGCUAGUCUAAAAGAGAAAAAUUGAUUUUUAUUCAAGCAAAUAGAAGCCUUCUACGCUAGCGUCGUUUUGGCUUGUCCGCCACGCACUAGCCUGCGUGACAGGCCGGGCGAUCGAAAGCCGGAGAAAGCGAAAGGGGAAAACCGGGACGUUGGCGGCGUCUUUAGGAAUAGCUGCCUGAGAAAACAGUCGACAUUUCCCCUUCGCCACCUCUAGUUUCCCCGCGAAAUGACGGACAAAGCUGGGGAUGCCGAUACACGCCAGGAAGACAGGCUUUUUUGACUAUGAAGUCUGCAGGAGAAAAAUUCAGUUAAUGAGGAGCCUCCUUCUGCCUGACUUUAUUUUGGCGCGCCACGCACCUGCCUGCGUGACAAGCCAGGCGUUCGAAAGCCGGGGAAAGGAAAGGGGAAAUCGGGACUCUUGAGAAAACAGCAGACAUUUCGCGACGCCUCUGCUGGUUUCCGUCGCGAAAUGACGCCUGAGGAACGAGCGCAGCAAUUCCAUACUCAGUUCGAUAAUCCUUCAGUAGCCAGACCUGGGUAGUGCUUCUGAUCGGUGGAUGGAUCAAAUUUUCAACCUAUCAGAAGCACUACCCAGAUAUGAGUAGUGACACAUCAUCAGUAUGGAAUUUCUGCGCGCUUUCCUCAGGCGUCAGUUCUUAAGGAAACCAGUGAUGCCAUCGCAAAAUGUCGGCUGUUUUCUCAGUCUACUUCAAGAAAUAACAUUGAUUUAUUUACCUCUAAGUAGUAGCAUUUUUCCCUAAACCGUAUUGUGCUGUUUCAUUUGUACAAACAGCGUUGAAGGUGAUGACGAUGAUGAUGAAGAGGAAGAUGAAGAAGAUGAUGAUGAUGAAAGUGAAGAUGAAACUGGGACAAACAUUAUCAUGGUGAGAUAUUGAGUAAUAUAAUUUCUUUUCCAAAGUAGUCUCUUCUUUCUUUUCUAUUUGUCCUCCGUUGGUCAUUAAAGUCAUGAUGCUAUUGACCGGUAAAUUCUAACUCGAUGCGUAACUGGUCCGUGUUGUUCUAAUGUUAUUAAAGAGAUAACCUCGUGACCAUAUUUUUUCCUUGAGAUUCUUUACGUUUAUGAUUUCUGUUUGCCCUUGUUAACGUGAGGAGAGGUAUUUCACUGAAGAAUAAGAGACUUCUUGUUCAUGAUUUAGCGGCAACAAAUCUAACAAGUUGCUGAAGGGCGAACAAAUUCAAAUACUGCACUCCACUACGCCUCGUAGCUAAGGGGGUUGGGGAGGGGAGCAAUAACUUUCUUCCUCAAAAAACGGGAGGGCGUAUCAGAGAAGGGGGGUUAAUAGGUGAUUUACAGUAUUUUUAUCGUUUUCGGAUACACCAGCAAUCGUGUGCAUGUGAUUAUUGCUACUGUUUGCUGUAUAUACACCAUAAUGGACAUCAGUUCAAAUGGAGUACCUGUAAAGUUUGCUUGCAGCUUGUGUUGAUACUUUUUCCUUUUCUUUUUGUUAAAAAAUCCUUAGGUUCGUAAAGUCGAAGCUCUGAGUGAUUUUAAAGGCGAGCAAGAUGGUGAUUUAAGCUUUAAGACGGGCGAGAUUUUAACAGUCAUCAAAACGAGGUAUAUAUAAAGUAACCAAAAGGAAAGAAACAAAACAAAGCAAAACAAAAAUAACAGCCUUGGCAAGCCCGGUUUCCAUAUAAUGGUCCGGAUCGUUUUGAUCACUCCAGUCGUCCCAAAAAACGUUUUACACAAUUGCGAAUUCACUGACCUUCACAUAAUGGCCUCGGUAUGCGUCUGUGUGUCUGCUGUCUGCAGGAAGAUAUCAUUGCUUCAAUUGGGUGCGCUGAAUUCUGGGAAAAAUGAUGAAUGAUGGAAUAGAUUUCCUUUAGAGUGGUCUCUAUAUGAUCGCUGGCAAUUUUUUUACAAUCUCCGCUAUCGUCCGAAUAGACCUCAGUUCUUCUAUCCAGACGAUUACUAGCGCCCCGAUCUACCAGAUCGUCCCGCCUCGCGCCAGAGACGUUUUCAUAUGAUCGCCUGCAAUUAUCCAGUAGAUAGCCCUAUCCAACAACAUAUAUUGUCGAUAGAUGUAGAAUCCAUGACCUUCGGUUCAAAGAGGUCUUGGCCAUUUUUUAAACUGCCACUUCAAGAUGGCGGAUCCUGUUCUGAGGGACUGGUAACCUUUGUGGUAACCAGGAUACUCUUGGCGGAUAAGCUACUACAUUAAGGUUUUCGGAUUCGACCAGGGGUCAAUGAAUAAGGGCGUUUUUUGUUAAAAUAGGAAAUAUAUAAAAUAUAAGCACGACAAAUAAUUAACAUUUUGUGAGAAUAACGUAAGAACAGCUUCGCUCGCGCGGUUUGUAUUUGUGUCUGUUUCGAAAGUUGAAUAACAGUCUCAUAGUUGUUAACGCGCUUAAUGCGCAUCGCUGAAUUGAUGGGGGUGAUAAUUUAAAGAAGGCCUUCACAAGACAAGGCUCUUUAGGCUAGGAAAUAACUUUUGUAUGGCAACUUUUGCGCAGUAAUGAAUUUUUGAUUUUAUACUUAAAUUUUUUAUUUCGUGUGCAUUUCAGCGAGGAUGGCUGGUGGGAAGCCGAAAACGCUGCAGGAAAGAAAGGAGUUGUGCCGGAAACGUAUCUUAAGGUAAAACUAUUCAAUUCAUUAUUAAGUAACGUUAAUGUCUCUGGUCCAUCGUCCCUGGUCCUUGUUACUUGGAGAGAUUUCUCUUUUGAUCUCCACAUGAAAACGUAAAUGAGAAAAUUUGAACAAAAAAAUGAAUGCAUUUCUCAAAACACCCUAAAACACUGUAAGAGCUUUCAAGCCCGGAAAAUGUUUUUUCCCAUCCAUUUCUUGGCCUCAAGUUAUUUCGCAAAGUAGGCUAACGUCAGUAAUUCGUUACACUGCAAAACAGUCGGUUUUUUAAUCUCAAAAUCGGUUUUGUAAGGCCCGAAGCACCGGCGAGAUACUAUCGCGCGAAGCGCGUAGGUCAGAGAGUGUGUGGCGUCUUUUUCGCGUCUCUCCUCAGUCUCACUCUCCGUUUUCACCCUCACACUCCAGACCUUUCCUUUAAACACUUGCUCGCGCGUUCUCACCCUAGGCAGAAAUGCGGACUGGUUUGCAGUCUAAAUAUUCCGCUGUGAUUCUGUAAACGAUUUUUGCGCACUUUAAAUAUUUCUCGGGACCGAAAUGUCGAGAAAUGCACCCCAGUGCCAAGUGUUUCCCUCUCCCCCGGUUGACCUGGACCGUUCCAAACCUCUUAUUUCAUUGGUUUUCCUUCCUUUGAUCUGCACUUCCAUUGUUUCAAAGACAAUUUGCUAGUCAGCUUGGUUGUUAGUGCCAUAGACUAUCGUGUGGGAUGCUGUAUAUCCCCAAUGGGACCAUUAUUAGGGGGUUUAAAAAUGAGAAAUCAAUGCCUUCAUUUUUAAACGACUAGACAUUCAAUACUGAGUACAUCAUGCUAAAUGCAUUAACACCUAAACAACGACGUUUGUUAUCAAAUGUUGCUCCACUGAAGUGAUGUUCAACUUGGUUAAGUUUUCCUUUUUUGUAGCCCACCCUAGCUCUUCAUUUUGUUCUCUAAAUCUUGCAAUUUCAUUUAGAUUCUCGAAGAAGGCGAAGAAUCCUCUCCAGGGAAAACACAACAAGAGGAGGCCUCUGUUGACAAGAAAGGUUUGUUCUUAAAUUAAACAUGUCUUUCCGGUGUACCAAGAUUAUAGGGAGCUCAAGCAACCUCUACAAGGACAGCAACGAGUUUUGUAACUGAGCAAAACAACAGCUCUGCACGUGCAUCAUGCUUUUUGGUACAUUUCUUUUACGUCGUUGCCCUUUUAUGUCUCAAGUUUAAUAAGCUUUGUUUAAGCCAAACUAUUUUCAUUUUUUUUUUUAUUUAGAAACAGCAGAUAAGCCUCCAGACCUUACAAGAAAGAGAAGGUAAAGAGAGCCUUAAAACAGCUCGCCGUCAGCCUUUCUAGUAUAGUAAAUAUGGUAACGGCAACAACCAGUAUAAUACAGGUCAUGUAUAUAACUUCCACCAGGAUUUAGACCAAGUCCGCACUGAUCCGGAUAUUUUUUAAACCGCAUUACCAUAUCUUUUUACAAAAAUCAGUCUUCCGUCCACAUGAAAUCAGUGAAUCCGCUCACCGUUGCUCACCGUAGCUUUCGCCUAUGUUCACGGGAACCGGUUUUGUGUCGGUGCGCUAUAAUAGGUCUGUUUUGAUUGUCAUAAACUAAGUUUCCGAUAAAGAAGUGAAACCGAUUGAAAAGUGCGUAGAAUCCUGCUUAUAUUUUAUUUCAGUCUUCAGUUUUAGCUAAAAUUUCGUAUGGUUUACCGGUGUAUGCAGCCCCCGUGCCUGAACCGUACUGUGCAGCAGUUCCUUCGCAGAUGUCAUAAACGCCGCUAUAUAUCCUAUUCUAUAGAUAUACUGUAUACGAUUUGCUUGAAAAAACAGACAGUUCAAUCUCCAAGAAGAUUAGUUGCCUACCUACUCAUCCGCUGUAUAAUUUGUUGCCCAGAGUUAAAGAAUCUUCAAAACGUCUGAGAACUCAAACAAGCCUACUACCCUGUGUUAACAAGGAACGCUUUGAGGCUAGUUUUAUUAGUAGACUGUAUUUUAGAUAUACUUUUACUUUUUAACUAAUGAUAUUAUUAAAACAUGCAAAUAUAGGUAUGUAUUUUUACUUUUAUAUUCAAUAAAGACAUUUAUUAUUAUUAUUAUUAUUAUUAUUAUUAUUAUUAUUAUUAUUUAAAUUUAACCAAUUUAUUUUCCUUUUUUUACGUCGUGUUGUGAACUGAUAUCAUGAUCAGUGGAAAGGAACUCUGGCGAAAAAUAUCAAAAGGUACAGCGCAGGAGGUGGGUCUAUAAUUGUUAUUCUCAUUUUAUGUAUCUUAGUCUUCCGUGGACCAUUUACUCAUUUUGUGACAUGAGUUCUGUCCUAGGAGUUUCCCUUGCUCUUUAACGGUGAUCGCGCGCUGUAUUUUUGGCCGGGCGAGCGAUGAAGAAUACUUCUAUUGCUCUGUCGCUAUUAUCUCGGAUGCCGCAACGGAAGUAGAGUUACGGCGAGCCAUCUUUUACUUGCUUCAAAAAUGACGGCAUAACGCGAUCGAAUUUUUAAUGAGCGUUCAUAACAAACGCACGUUUGUCAUACUCGCUCGCAUGCCGCCGAAGACGUCUUGUGGAAACGUGAGUGAUUGUAACCACCACCUUCAGGAAACCAUAAGAAGGAAUCAAACAUUUCGCCAUUCUUUGGACUCUCAUUAAUAUUAUGAGCCUGGGUACAAGCAGCUAUUUUCUUGAGCUGCCUUAUUUUUGUUUGGUUUGUUCAUAGUUAUUAGAGGAGACUGGUUAUGAAAAGCUGCAAACAUCAAUGAUAAAAACAACAGUGCUGCACUUAUGUUGGAAGUACCGUGAAAGUGCACAAUCCUUUGUUUUCUGUUGGCAAAUUGUUACGGAAUAAAUUAAUGCAACGUUUUUAUUGGUCAAUACGAUCAAAAUGAUAGGAAUUCUUUUGAACGUUCUGCACUUUCAGGUCCACAAAAACAUAUAACAAAGGAGUCUGACGGGUUUCAUAACCAUUCCACUCAAUUAACUAUGGUUUGUUUAUGUGAUCAAAAAAUCGGAUUUCUUAAACAAACGCUGAAAAGCGAAAAAAGUGAGCUGCCAGUUGAAAUCCUGAUCUUCCGUGGAUGUGAAAAUUUGAAAGUUAUAAACCUCGUGUGAAAAGAUUGAGAACUCGUUACACUCGCAUAAGUAAACGCGAACUUGAAAUUUGUCAUUUUCGAACGUGGAGCGCGCGCGCGUUAUGCGCAGGCCCUUCAAUUGUGACGUGUAAUUUUUGGUUCGAUUCUCUACUGCAAAGAUACCGUUUCUACCUGUGCUUAAUAUCGCUGGUUCCCGCUCUACACUUCUGGGAUUUACCUUCGUGAAAAAUGGCAUACUGCGCUUCACUUGGCAUUUCCACAAAGGUACUUCUUUUCUGAUCAUUGUUAUUUAUAUUUUUCUGAAAAGGAAGCAUUUAAUUUUAGUUUUGCCACUUCUUGUCGGAGACCUUUUUAAUCCUACUGAGCGCUUCCCCUUGAAAACAGUUGAAAAAUGAUUCACGCUUUUCGUACGCUUUGUUUUAGACGGAAGCGAGUCUACUGGAUCGGUAAAAAAUUCUUCGUCUAUUAUUGUCCAUAUAUCUUGCUUUCGGAUAUUAUAAGGUUUCCUAUGUUUUUAUUUGCUUAUGUAAAUCCAAAUUGUCUAUUUCCCACGCAUCGAUUUCGUUGAUUAAAACGGUCUUCCACUUCUUCUGCAAAUGUACUAUUAACUCAACUUUGAGCCACAAAACAUAAUACCAGAUGAUAUGAGUCGUGGUUUAUGACGGAAGUGAUAUAAACUUUGAAGGUUUCAGUGAAUCAGAAAAGAUGUUAUGGUCAAUUCGGCGUUGAUAUUAUAUUUUAAUCUGUUACAAAGUUUUUAUUAUGUUUCUGAAUCAAUAUUGUACAACAUCAGUAUAUAGCAUGAUGUAUAUUUUUUCAUUAUUAAGCGAUGCUGUAUUUUUUCAAUGCAAAUUGCUGUCUUUCAUUUUUAUAACAGGAAAUUAUUAUUGCACAGUAUUUUAGGCCGCAAAAGCCUCACUUAAAGAGCUUAAAAACCUUUAAAAGUCAUCUUUUGUUACUGUCAUUGUGCGCGGUGAAAAGCGUCAAAAUUAAUAGUUUUUUUAAUCGCUAUAACGUAAAUAACUUUUUAGUUUAGGCGCAAUAAUAAAAAUUGCGUAGUUCGAGCCACAAUUGCAAACUUUGAAGGAUUCGAUAUUUGCGUUGUUGCCAGCUGAAAAUGCAAACACUUUAAGAUAAUUUUGUGUCGCCUUUUCGGAGUGCAUGUGUUUAUUGAUUCUCAUAUAACUGAUAGUUUUAACUGCCAAUUAAAAUUGAUGAUAGAAAGUAUGCGAAAAACUGGGUUUUCGAAGUUGAAUUCAUAUAUUCCAAGGUUACCGGAAAGUUGCCAAAUACAAAUCUUAAGAUCCUGGGGUUAUUCACUAUCGCUUGAUCAAGUGUUAACGGUAUAGGUGCCAAGCUUGAAACUUCGAUUGAAAAGGUGUUCUCAAGAUAAUGUGUGUGUGGAGUGUGGAGGGGGAAACGGUGGGGGGCGCUCCUCACACUCCCCCCCUUCUAAUCUUUUGGCCACAGAAACGAGCGCAAUGCGCACCGACCCAAUUUAACCGAUACUGAGAGCAACUCACGAUAUCUCUUACAUCGGGUGGUCAUAUGGCGAAAGGAGGGAAAAUCUUGAUUUCAAUUUGUGAAAAACUUCUCACCAGAAACAGGCUGCAGUCGUGUUGGGGUCAUAGCCGGGUUUUGUGUUGCCUUGCGCUGUCUCCACUUGCUCCUCAACAAGAGAGAUUGCGAUAUACACGCCAGCUGACACGAAAUGCGUGGCAAGUGAAUGGAAGUAUUUCUCUUACUGGGGCAGGAUUAGCGCAGUUGUUAGAGCGCUGACCUGCGGAACUGGUUCGAUUUCCGGGACCGGACCAAUAUUCAAGGUCUUAAAAUAACUAAGGAUAAAGAUACUUCCUUUGUCCAUCCGAUUGCUAGACCUUCGCUUGGCUCCUUUAUUUGAUUACCCUCCCGGAAUACUCAACCAAGAUUUAUCCGGCGGGCUCCGCCCCAAAGUACUAUCCCUUACCCUCUUACAUACUAUUAUUGACACAAAAGGUCCUCCUUUCGUUUACCUUCUGUUGACUAAUGGUAACCCCUUUCACAUACCUAGUGUGGAACUUUCCAUCCCUUUUAAAUGCUGUAAAUACACUGUCUUUUAAGUAUGAAUAAAUCACAAAACCGGAACGAUUUCUCAACUUUCUCACAGCCAUAAAAUGCAUCUGUUAGCUCUUUGGGCCUUUUAACAGACCGAAAUGAAAUAUUUCCCCACCUUUUUUAUAUACUUCAACCAGUAAAUUCCGUAGCUUUUCAUAUACCGUCAAUGACCAAAUAAACGCCCACUUCCAAAUAAACACCUCUUAUCUAGUAAACGCCCCCUCUACGCUCUACGCCCCACUCUAAUAAACGCCCCCUGUCUAAUAGACGCUCCCUAUGAGAACUACUCCAAAAUACUAGGAUUUAGCCAAAAGGAGCAAAAUCAUUCAAUGCGUUCAGUUUCGUGCUUAAUUAACGAGGCUUUGCAUGUUUCAUCUUGUUCUAUGUCAAGUUCAGAGUAAGGAUAGACUAAUGAUGGCAACACAAUAACCCUGAGCGAAGAAACAAAUGCUGUAAAGCGUUAAUUUACAUACUACAUAAGUGAGCUGCCAGUUGAAAUCCUGAUGUUCCGUGGGUGGGAAACUUUGAGAGUUCUAAACCUCGAGUGAAAAGAUUGAGAACUCGUUACACUCGCAUAAGUAAGGACAAACUUAAAAUUUGUCAUUUUCGAACGUGGAGCGCGUGCGCGUUAUCCACAAGCUCCUCAAUUGUGACGUGUAGUUUUUGGUUGGAUUCUCUACUGCAAUGAUACCGUUUCUACCUGUGUUUAAUAUCGUUGGUUUCUGCUCUACACUGCUGGGAUUUACCGUCGUGAAAAAUGGCAUACUGCGCUUCAUUUGGCAUUUCCACAAACGUACUUCUUUUCUGAUCAUUGUUGUUUUUAUAUUUCUGAAAAGGAAGCAUUUAAUUAUAGUUUUGCCACUUCUUGUCGGAGACCUUUUUAAUCCUACUAGGCGCUUCCCCUUGAAAACAGUUGAAGAAUGAUUUACGCUUUUCGUACGCUUUGUUUUCGACGGAAGCGAGUCUACUGGAUCGGUAAAAAAUUCUUCGUCUAUUAGUAUUGUCCAUAUAUCUUGCUUUCGGAUAUUAUAAGGUUUCCUAUGUUUUUAUUUGCUUAUGUAAAUCUAAAUUGUCUAUUUCCCACGCAUCAAUUUCAUUGAUUAAAAGGGUCUUCCAUUUCUUCUGCAAAUGUACUAUUAACUCAACUCUGAGCAACAAAACAAAAUACCAGAUGGUUCGAUAUGAGUCGUGUUUUUAUGACGGAAGUGGUAUAAACUUUGUAAGGUUUCAGGGAAUCAGAAAAAAUGUUGUGGUGAAUUCGGCGUUGAUAUUAUAUUUAAAUCUGUUAUAAAGUUUUUAUUAUGUUUCUGAAUCAAUAUUGUACAACAUCAGUAUAUAGCAUAAUGUAUAUGCUUUCAUUAUUAAGCGACGCUGUAUUUUUUCAAUUCAAAGUGCUGUCUUUCAUUUUUUUAUCAGGAAAUUAUUAUUGCACAGUAUUUUAGGCCGCAAAAGCCUCACUUAAAGAGCUUAAAACCGUUAAGAGUCAUCUUUUGUUACUUUCAUUGUGCGCGGUGAAAGGCCUCAAAAUUAAUAGCCUUUUUAAUCGCUAAAACGUAAAUGACUUUUUAGUUUAGGCCCAAUAAUUAAAAUUGCGUUGUUCGGACCACAAUUGCAAACGUUGAAGGAUUUGAUAUUUGCGUUGUUGCCAGCUGAAAAUGCAAACACUUUAAGAUAAUUUCGCGUCGGCUUUUCUGAGUGCAUGUGUUCACUGUUUCGCAUAUAACUGAUAGUUUUAACUAUCAAUUAAAAUUGAUGAUAGAAAUUAUGCGAAAAAGUGGGUUUUCAAAGUUGAAUUCAUAUAUUCCAAGGUUACCGAAAAGUUGCCAAAUACAAAUGCUAAGAUCCUGGGGUUAUUCACUAUCGCUUGAUCAAGUGUUAACGGUAUAGGUUCCAAGCUUGAAACCUUGAUUGAAACGGUGUUCUCAAGAUAAUGUGUGUGUGGAGUGUGGAGGGGAAAAGGGUUGGGGGGGGGAGCGCUCCUCACACUCCCCCCUUCUAAUCUUAUGGCCACGGAGACGAGCGCAAUGCGCACCGACAAAAGUUAGCCGAUACUGAGAGCAACUCACGAUAUCUCUUACAUCAGGCGGUCAUAUGGCGAAAAGAGGGAAAAUCUUGAUUUCAAUUUGUGAAAAACUUAUCACCAGAAACAGGCUGCAGUCGUGUUGGGGUUAUAGCUGGGUUUUGUGUUGCCUUGCGCUGUCUCCACUUGCUCCUCAACAAGAGAGACUGCGAUAUACACGCCACCUGACGCGAAAUGCGUGGCAAGUGAAUGGAAGUAUUUCUCUUACUGCGGCAGGAUUAACUCAGUUGUUAGAGCGCUGGCCUUCAGAACUGGUUCGUUUUACGGGACCGGACCAAUAUUCAUGGUCUUAAAAUAACUAAGGAUAAAGAUACUUCCUUUGUUCAUCCGAUUGCUAGACCUUCGCUUGGCUCCUUUAUUUGAUGAGCCCCCGGGGGGUACUCAACCAAGUUUUAUCUGGCGGGCUCCGCCCCAAGGUACAACCCCUCAGCCUUUUAUAUACCAUUUUUGACUGAAAAGGUCCUCCUUUCGUAUACCUUCUGUUGACAAAUGGUGCCCCUUUCACAUGCCUAGUUUAGAAGUUACCGGAACGAUUUCUCAACUUUUUCACAGCCAUAAAAUGCAACUGUUAGCUCUUUGCGCCUUUUGACUGACCGAAAUGAAAUAUUUCUCCACCUUUUUUAUAUACUUCAACCAGUAAAUUCCGUAGCUUUUCAUAUACCGUCAAUGACCAAAUAAACGCCCACUUCCAAAUAAACACCUCUUAUCUAGUAAACGCCCCCUGUCUAAUAGACGCCCCCUAUGAGAAUUACUCCAAAAUACUAGGAUUUAGCAAAAAGGAGCAAAAUCAUUCAAUGCGUUCAGUUUCGUGCUUGAUUAACGAGGCUUUGCAUUUUUCAUCUUGUUCUAUGUCAAGUUUAAAGUAAGGAUAGACUAAUGAUUGCAACACAAUAACCCUGAGCGAAGAUACAAACGCUGUAAAGCCUUAAUUUAGAUGCUACAUAAGUGAGCUGCCAGUUGAAAUCCUGAUGUUCCGUGGAUGGGAAAAUUUGAAAGAUAUAAACCUCGUGUGAACAGAUUGAGAACUCGUUACACUCGCAGAAGUAAAAGGCGAACUUGAAAUUUGUGAUUUUCGAACGUGUACCGCGCGCGCGCGCGCGCGUUAUCCACAAGCUCUUCAGUUGUGACGUGUAGUUUUUGGUUCGAUUCUCUGCUGCAAAGAUACCGUUUCUACCUGUGCUUAAUAUCGCUGGUUUCCGCUCUACACUGCUGGGAUUUACCUUUCGUGAAACAUGGCAUACUGCGCUUCACUUGGCAUUUCCACAAAGGUACUUCUUUUCUGAUCAUUGUUAUUUUUAUUUUUCUGAAAAGGAAGCAUUUAAUUAUAGUUUUGCCACUUUUUGUCGGAGACCUUUUUAAUCCUACUAAGCGCUUCCCCUUGAAAACAGUUGAAAAAUGAUUCACGCUUUUCGCACGCUUUGUUUUAGAUGGAAGCGAGUCUACUGGAUCGGUAAAAAAAUCUUCGUCUAUCAGUAUUGUCCAUAUAUCUUGCUUUCGGAUAUUAUAAGGUUUCCUAUGCUUUUAUUUGCUUAUGUAAAUCUAAAUUGUCUUUUCCCCACGCAUCAAUUUCGUUGAUUAAAACGGUCUUCCAUUUCUUCUGCAAAUGUACUAUUAACUCAACUUUUAGCAACAAAAUAAAAUACCAGAUGGCUCGAUAUGAGUCGUGUUUUUAUGACGGAAGUGAUAUAAACUUUGCAAGCUUUCAGUGAAUCAGAAAAGAUGUUGUGGUCAAUUCGGCGUUAAUAUUAUAUUUAAAUCUGUUACAAAGUUUUUAUUAUGUUUCUGAAUCAAUAUUGUACAACAUCAGUAUAUAGCGUAAUGUAUAUGUUUUCAUUAUUAAGCGAUAGUGUAUUUUUUCAUUUCAAAUUGCUGUCUUUCAUUUUUAUAUCAGGAAAUUAUUAUUGCACAGUAUUUUAGGGCGCAAAAGCCUCACUUGAAGAGCUUAAAACCGUUAAGAGUCAUCUUUUGUUACUGUCUUUGUGCGCGUUGAAAGGGGUCAAAAUUAAUAGCCUUUUAAAUCGCUAAAACGUGAAUGACUUUUUAGUUUAGGCGCAGUAAUUGAAAUUGCGUAGUUCGGACAACAAUUGCAAACGUUGAAGGAUUUGAUAUUUGCGUUGUUGCCAGCUGAAAAUCCAAACACUUUAGGUUAUUUUCUUGUCGGCUUUUCUGAGUGGAUGUGUUCACUGUUUCACUUAUAACUGAUAGCUUUAACUAUCAAUUAAAAUUGAUGAUACGAAGUAUCCGAAAAACUGGGUUUUCAAAGUUGAAUUCAUGUAUUCCAAGAUUACCUGAAAGUUGCCAAAUACAAAUCUUAAGAUCCUGGAUGUUAUUCACUAUCGCUUGAUCAAGUGUUAACGAUAUAGGUGCCAAGCUUGAAACCUCGAUUGAAAAGGUGUUCUCAAGAUAAUGUGUGUGUGGAUCGAGUGUGGAGGGGGAAACGGUGGGGGGCGCUCCUCAUAUCCCCCGCCCCCCUCCCUCUAAUGUUAUGGCCACGGAGACGAGCGCAAUGCGCACCGACCGAAGUUAACCGAUACUGAGAGCAACUCACGAUAUCUCUUACAUCGGGUGGCCAUAUGGCGAAAAGAGGGAAAAUCUUGAUUUCAGUUUAUGAAAAACUUCUCACCAGAAACAGGCUGCAGUCGUGUUGGGGUCAUAGCCGGGUUUUGUGUUGUCUUUCGCUGUCUCCACUCGCUCCUCAACAACAGAGACUGUGAUAAACUCGCCAGCUGACACGAAAUGCGUGGCAAGUGAAUGGAAGUAUUUCUCUUACUGCGGCAGGAUUAACUCAGUUGUUAGAGCGCUGGCCUGCAGAACUGGUUCGAUUUCCGGGACCGGACCAAUAUUCAGGGUCUUAAAAUAACUAAGGAUAAAGAUACUUCCAAGGGGUUUGUCCAUCCGAUUGCUAUACCUUCGCUUGGCUCCUUUAUGUGAUUAACCCCCCCGGAAGGGGGAUACUCAACCAAGUUUUAUCCGGGGGGCUCCGCCCCAAGGUACAAUCCCUUACCCUUUUACAUACCAUUUUUGACAGAAGAGGUACUCCUUUCGUAUACCUUCUGUUGACUAUUGGUUCCCCUUUCACAUACCUAGUGUGGAACUUUCCAUCCCUUUUAAAUGCUGUAAAUACACUGUCUUUUAAGUAUGAAUAAAUCACAAAACUGGAACGAUUUCUCAACUUUUUCACAGCCAUAAAAUGCAUCUAUUAGCCCUUUUGGCCUUUUAACAGACCGAAAUGAAAUAUUUCCCCACCUUUUUUAUAUACUUCAACCAGUAAAUUCCGUAGCUUUUCAUAUACCGUCAAUGACCAAAUAAACGCCCACUUCCAAAUAAACACCUCUUAUCUAGUAAACGCCCCCUGUCUAAUAGACGCCCCCUUAUUAGAAUUACUCCAAAAUACUAGGAUUUAGCAAAAAGGAGCAAAAUCAUUCAAUGCGUUCAGUUUCGUGCUUGAUUAACGAGGCUUUGCAAGUUUCAUCUUGUUCUAUGGCAAGUUUAAAGUAAGGAUAGAAUAAUGAUGGCAACACAAUAACCCUGAGCGAAGAUACAAACGCUGUAAAGCCUUAACUUAGAUGCUACAUAAUUGAGCUGCCAGUUGAAAUCCUGAUGUUCCGUGGAUGGGAAAAUUUGAAAGUUAUAAACCUCGUGUGAACAGAUUGAGAACUCGUUACACUCGCAGAAGUGAAAGGCGAACUUGAAAUUUGUGAUUUUCGAACGUGGAGCGCGCGCGCGUGCGUUAUCCACAAGCUCCUCAAUUGUGACGUGUAGUUUUUGGUUCGAUUCUCUACUGCAAAGAUACCGUUUCUACCUGUGUUUACUAUCGCUGGUUUCCGCUCUAUACACUGCUGGGAUUUACCUUCGUGAAAAAUGGCCUACUGCGCUUCACUUGGCAUUUCCACAAAGGUACUUCUUUUCUGAUCAUUGUUAUUUUUAUAUUUCUGAAAAGGAAGCAUUUAAUUAUAGUUUUGCCACUUCUUGUCGGAGACCUUUUUAAUCCUUCUAGGCGCUUCCCCAUGAAAACAGUUGAAGAAUGAUUCACGCUUUUCGUACGCUUUUUUUUAGAUGGAAGCGAGUCUAGUGGAUCGGUAAAAAAUUCUUCGUCUACCAGUAUUGUCCAUAUAUCUUGCUUUCGGAUAUUAUAAGGUUUCCUAUGUUUUUAUUUGCUUAUGUAAAUCUAAAUUGUCUAUUUCCCACGCAUCAAUUUCAUUGAUUAAAAGGGUCUUCCAUUUCUUCUGCCAAUGUACUAUUAACUCAACUUUGAGCCACAAAACAAAAUACCAGAUGGUUCGAUAUGAGUCGUGUUUUUUUGACGGAAGUGAUAUAAACUUUGCAAGCUUUAAGUGAAUCAGAAAAGAUGUUGUGGUCAAUUCGGCGUUGACAUUAUAUUGAAAUCUGUUACAAAGUUUUUAUUAUGUUUCUGAAUCAAUAUUGCACAACAUCAGUAUAUAGCGUGAUGUAUAUUUUUUCAUUAUUAAGCGAUGCUGUAUUUUUUCAAUUCAAAUUGCUGUGUUUCAUUUUUGUAUCAGGAAAUUAUUAUUGUAGAGUAAUUUAGGCCGCAAAAGCCUCACUUAAAGAGCUUAAAACCUUUAAGAGUCAUCUUUUGUUACUGUCAUUGUGCGCGGUGAAAGGCGUCAAAAUUAAUAGCCUUUUUAAUCGCUAAAACGUAAAUGACUUUUUAGUUUAGGCGCAAUAAUUAAAAUUGCGUAGUUCGGGCAACAAUUGCAAACGUUGAAGGAUUUGAUAUUUGCGUUGUUGCCAGCUGAAAAUCCCAAACACUUUAAGAUAAUUUCGUGUUGGCUUUUCUGAGUGCAUGUGUUCACUGUUUCGCAUAUAACUGAUAGUGUUAACUAUCAAGGAUUAAAAUUGAUGAUUCUAAGUGUGCAAAAAACUGGGUUUUCAAAGUUGAAUUCAUGUAUUCCAAGGUUACCUGAAAGUUGCCAAAUACAAAUCUUAAAGUCCUGGGGUUAUUCACUAUCACUUGAUCAAGUGUUAACGGUAUAAGUGUAAAUGCCUAGCUUGAAACCUCGAUUGAAACGGUGUUGUUAAGAUGACGUGUGUGUGGAGUGUGGAGGGGGGAAGGGUGGGGGCGCUCCUCACACUCUCCCCCUUCUAAUCUUAUAGCCACAGAAACGAGCGCAAUGCGCACCGACCAAAGUUAACCGAUACUGAGAGCUACUCACGAUAUCUCUUACAUCGGGUGGUCAUAUGGCGAAAAGAGGGAAAAUCUUGAUUUCAGUUUGUGAAAAACUUAUCACCAGAAAAAGGCUGCAGUCGUGUUGGGGUCAUAGCCGGGUUUUGUGUUGUCUUUCGCUGUCUCCACUCGCUCCUCAACGACGGAGACUGUGAUAAACUCGCCAGCUGACACGAAAUGCGUGGCAAGUGAAUGGAAGUAUUUCUCUUACUGCGGCAGGUUUAACUCAGUUGUUAGAGCGCUGGACUGCAGAACUGGUUCGAUUUCCUGGACCGGACCAAUAUUUAGGGUCUUAAAAUAACUAAGGAUAAAGAUACUUCCUAGGCCUUUGUCCAUCCGACUGCUAGACCUUUGCUUGGCUCCUUUAUUUGAUGACCCUCCCGGGGGUACUCAACCAAGUUUUAUCCGGCGGGCUUCGCCCCAAGGUACAACCCCUUACCCCUUUAUAUUCCAUUUUUGACAGAAAAGGUCCUCCUUUCGUAUACCUUCUGUUGACAAAUGGUGCCCUUUCACAUGCCUAGUUUAGAACUUACCGGAACGAUUUCUCAACUUUUUCACAGCCAUAAAAUGCAUCUGUUAGCUCUUUGGGCCUUUUAACAGACCGAAAUGAAAUAUUUCUCCACCUUUUUUAUAUACUUCAACCAGUAAAUUCCGUAGCUUUUCAUAUACCGUCAAUGACCAAAUAAACGCCCACUUCCAAAUAAACACCUCUUAUCAAGUAAACGCCCCCUCCACGCUCUGCGCCCCACUCUAAUAAACGCCCCCUGUCUAAUAGACGCCCCCUAUGACAAUUACUCCAAAAUACUAGGAUUUAGCAAAAAGGAGCAAAAUCAUUCAAUGCGUUCAGUUUCGUGCUUGAUUAACGAGGCUUUGCAUUUUUCAUCUUUUUCUAUGUCAAGUUUAAAGUAAGGAUAGACUAAUGAUUGCAACACAAUAACCCUGAGCAAAGAAACAAACGCUGUAAACCGUUAAUUUAGAUAUUACAUAAGUGAGCUGCGAGUUGAAAUCCUGAUGUUCCGUGGAUGGGAAAAUUUGAGAGUUAUAAACCUCGAGUGAAUAGAUUUAGAACUCGUUACACUCGCAUGAGUAAAAGGCGGACUUGAAAUUUGUCAUUUUCGAACGUGGAGCACGCGCGCGUUAUCCACAAGCUCCUCAAUUGUGACGUGUAGUUUUUGGUUCGAUUCUCUACUGCAAAGAUACCGUUUCUACCUGUGUUUAUUAUGGCUGGUUUCCGCUCUAUACACUGCUGGGAUUUACCUUCGUGAAAAAUGGCAUACUGCGCUUUACUUGGCAUUUCCACAAAGGUACUUCUUUUCUGAUCAUUGUUAUUUUUAUAUUUCUGAAAAGGAAGCAUUUAAUUAUAGUUUUGCCACUUCUUGUCGGAGACCUUUUUAAUCCUACUAAGCGCUUCCCCUUGAAAACAGUUGAAGAAUGAUUCACGCUUUUCGCACGCUUUGUUUUAGACGGAAGCGAGUCUCCUGGAUCGGUAAAAAAUUGUUCGUCUAUCAGUAUUGCCCAUAUAUCUUGCUUUCGGAUAUUAUAAGGUUUCCUAUGUUUUUAUUUGCUUAUGUAAAUCUAAAUUGUCUAUUUCCCACGCAUCAAUUUCAUUCUUCUGCAAAUGUACCAUUAACUCAACUUUGAGCCACAAAAGAAAAUACCAGAUGGUUCGAUAUGAGUCGUGUUUUUUUGACGGAAGUGAUAUAAACUUUGCAAGCUUUCAGUGAAUCAGAAAAGAUGUUGUGGUCAAUUCGGCGUUGAUAUUAUAUUUUAAUCUGUUACAAAGUUUUUAUUAUGUUUCUGAAUCAAUAUUGCACAACAUCAGUAUAUAGCGUGAUGUAUAUUUUUGCAUUGUUAAGCAAUGCUAUAUUUUUUCAAUUCAAGUUGCUGUCUUUCAUUUUUAUAUCAGGAAAUUAUUAUUGCACAGUAUUUUAGGCCGCAAAAGACUCACUUAAAGAGCUUAAAGAGCUUAAAAACCUUUAAAAGUUAUCUUUUGUUACUGUCUUUGUGCGCGGUGAAAGGCGUCAAAAUUAAUAGCCUUUUUAAUCGCUAUAACGUAAAUAACUUUUUAGUUUAGGCGCAAUAAUAAAAAUUGCGUAGUUCGAGACACAAUUGCAAACUUUGAAGGAUUCGAUAUUUGCGUUGUUGCCAGCUGAAAAUCCAAACACUUUAAGAUAAUUUUGUGUCGGCUUUUCUGAGUGCAUGUGUUUACUGAUUCGCAUAUAACUGAUAUUUUUAACUACCAAUUAUAAUUGAUGAUAGAAAGUAUGCGAAAAACUGGGUUUUCGAAGUUGAAUUCAUAUAUUCCAAGGUUACCGGAAAGUUGCCAAAUACAAAUCUUAAGAUCCUGGGGUUAUUCACUAUCGCUUGAUCAAGUGUUAACGGUAUAGGUGCCAAGCUUGAAACCUCGAUUGAAAAGGUGUUUUCAAGAUAAUGUGUGUGUGAAGUGUGGAUGGGGAAAUGAUGGGGGGCGCUCCUCACACUCCCCCUUCUAACCGACCAAAGUUAACCGAUACUGAGAGCUACUCACGAUAUCUCUUACAUGGUGUGGCCAUAUGGGGAAAAGAGGGAACCACCAGAAAAAGGCUGCAGUCGUGUUGGGGUCAUAGUCGGGUUUUGUGUUGUCUUUCGCUGUCUCCGCUUGCUCCUCAACAAGAGAGACUGCGAGAAACACGCCAGCUGACACGAAAUGCGUGGCAAGUGAAUGGAAGUAUUUCUCUUACUGCGGCAGGAUUAACUCAGUUGUUAGAGCGCUUGCCUGCGGAACUGGUUCGAUUUCCUGGACCGGACCAAUAUUUAGGGUCUUAAAAUAACUAAGGAUAAAGAUGCUUCCUUUGUCGAUCCGAUUGCUAGACCUUCGCUUGGCUCCUUUAUUUGAUGACCCUCUCGGGGGUACUCAAUCAAGUUUUAUUCGGCGGGCUUCGCCCCAAGGUACUAUCCCUUACCCUUUUAUAUACCAUUAUUGACACAAAAGGUCCUCCUUUCGUUUACCUUCUGUUGACUAAUGGUAACCCCUUUCACGUGCCUAGUUUAGAACUUUGCAUCCCUUUUAAAUGCUGUAAAUACACUGUCUUUUAAGUAUGAAUAAAUCACAAAACCGGAACGAUUUCUCAACUUUUUCACAGCCACAAAAUGCACCUGUUAGCUCUUUGGGCCUUUUAACAGACCGAAAUGAAAUAUUUCUCCACCUUUUUUAUAUACUUCAACCAGUAAAUUCCGUAGCGUUUCAUAUACCGUCAAUGACCAAAUAAACGCCCACUUCCCAAUAAACACCUCUUAUCUAUUAAACACCCCCUCUACGCUCUACGCCCCACUCUAUUCAAUGCGUUCAGUUUCGUCCUUGAUUAACGAGGCUUUGCAUAUUUCAUCUUGUUCUAUGUCAAGUUCAAAGUAAGGAUAGACUAAUGAUGGCAACACAAUAACCCUGAGCGAAGAUUCUGAAAUCGAAGAGCGAUAUGGAUCUCUAGACUCUAUCUCUAUCGAUGGAUUUUUAUAUUCCGCUAUUUUUACACUCUCCUGAUAUUUUCGCGGAAAGCAUAUUAGUUCUGUUGAGCUAGUUGCAGUUAUGAGAAUAAAGGCCUCUCUCUUUUAAAUGCCUGUCAUCUAUUAAUCGCUCCCGCUUGGGCCCCCAGAAUUAUAUAGACGCCCCGGGCGUUUAUUAGGUCAUUUUCGGUACCUGAAGCCGGAAAAAGGUACCCCUUUCAGGCGGAGCCUCCCCGUAUAGGUCUUUAUAGGAAGUACCUCCCCCCCCCCCGGGAUGACCAUAGAGAUGACGGUCCCCGGGGACGUAACAUAGACGUAGCACAGUUAGUACCUACUUGCCAAAUACACUGACACAGGGAGACUUUUUAGGGUUCAAACAGUCAGUCAGUGAGAAACAUAUUGAUAGACAGUCUCUUCUUCUUCCAGACAAGUGCCACGGAUGUGCUGAAAGCCAUGGGAGCUAUGCCCAGCGGAUUCCGAUCAACCACUCUCGGCAAAAUGGUAAAACAAGGCAAGUAUCUUAACGUUGUUGUGAUAUGAGAAACAUUGAUUGGAAUAGAUAACUUUUGCUUUCGUGUCAGUGUUUGUCCAUCAGUAAUAAUUAUAAUGCUUUAAUUAUCGUCUCUCCAUCAGUAUGGGGCUUUUCAGGGAUAACGAAACAAAUAAUUUAAAUGG